AUGGAGGUAUUAGAUAGGCAGAGGUCUUAUACGAAUUGGAAAUACAAGGAAAUCGAGUUUGUUGUGACCGACAAUGUAUUCCUUAAGGUGUCUCCAUGGAAGAAAGUGCUUCGAUUUGGACACAAAGGGAAUUUGACCCCGCAUUUCAUUGGUCAUUAUGAGGUGUUUGAGAGAAUCAGACUGGUAACCUUUCGUUUAGCCUUACCCCCAAAAUUGGAGUACAUUCAUAAUGUGUUUCAUAUAUCCAUACUUCAAAGGUAUCCUUUCGACCCAUCGUAUGUCCUAUCCUUAGAGCAAGUCGAGUUGAGCUCUGAUAUGACCUGCGAAGAGAAAUUGAUCCAAAUUCUAGCAAAAGAGGUGAAAGAGUUGAGGAACAAGAAAAUUCUUUUAGUAAAGGUGCUUUGGAGGAAUCAUGGAAUCAGGGAAGCUACUUGGGAAACCGAAGAAGACAUGCAAUUACAGUACCCCAUCUCUUUUAUCCAGGUAAAUUUUGAGGAUGAAAUUUCUUAUUAG